GGGAGGGAGACUUCAAUUUGGAUUCAACAUUGGACGAGGGGGCUAUGCUUGAUGCAUUGAAAGAAGGAAAUUGUUUAGUGUAAGAAAUUUAGGAAAUUGUUUGAUGUAAAAUAGUAUGUGGUAAGAAAUUCUUCACCGUAAAAUUGUACAUGGUAAUUCGGCUAUCAAAAAUGUCAAAUUAAUGAAUUGUUAUGUAAGAAAUCUAGGAUCUGUGAUGAUAUUAAUUCCAGAGGAAUUGGUAAAUAAAAGGAAGGUAUAGAUUCUAGAAUCAAAUCUAAGGAAUUGGCAAUUGUGGGCACCAAUACAUUUGCUCCUAGAAGCACUAAGAUGACAUAUUUGAUGGCCGUUAUGAAUAGGAAGAAAUGAUUCCUUCAGGGGAAAUAAAGGGAAAUGGAGAAGUAAGAGGCAUGUGGCAAAUUGGAUUUUGAUAUUUUGGAUUCUACAUUGGAUGAAGGCACCACACUCGAAAUGCUUGAUGCAUUGAUAAAAGAAAAAUUGAUAGAUUUGGGAUAUGGAUAUGAGGUGGAUAUGAUUCCAUCGAUUGGUAACACAGAGGAAGAGGGUCACGUGUUGGUUACAUUUUAUGGUGAUAGCACCUAUGAAUGGUUUGAACGAAUUAGACUCAAUUCUUUUGACCUUCAGUAUACGAAGAAAUCAAAGCAGAGUAACACUCAGACAUUUUUAACUGCUAUUGGGGAGGUUGAGGUUGAGGUGAAGUGGAGAGCUGCAUUUGGCUUGACUUGUUACUGGAACUUUAAUAAAUUUUGCCCUACAAGUGUUCAAGGAUUCUUUGAAGAGGAUGUGCGUGGGCUUGAAGCUGGUGGUGUGUAUUUAGUGAAGCAAAUCUAAAGGGAUAGAGAUGAUUUCCAGAAACUUUUUGUGAUACAUGAUGAGAGGGUGAAUUAUUAGAUAAAAAUUUGACCAUGCAAAAAUUAGUGAUGUUGCACAUUUGAUGCACGUGCCAUGUUCACUACAUUGGUAGUUGAAAAGCCCAACCCACACUUCUCCUUAAAACCCAGGUAUUUAAGGAGUAGGAAACUAGAGCCUUAUAACUAGCAUAGAUGGGGCAACUCCAAGCGAUGUGGGACACAUUCCAACACACCCUCCUGGACCACAACACACACUAGCUGGACAAAUAGCCCACUAGUCAUAGGCCCAACCAAGCUCUGAUACCAAGUUGAAAAGCCCAGCCCACACUUCUCCUUAAAACCCAGGUAUUAAGGAGAGGGAAACCAGAGCCUUAUAAUUAGUACAAAUGGGGCAACUCCAAGCGAUGUGAGACACAUUCUAACAGUAUUUUCUACCACUAGUAUUGCAACUAACAUAGUAUGAAUGCAUGUAACACAUUUAUAAUUAUAAUGCAUAGUUACCUCUCAGAAAGUAUCACUUGUAUCUUAGUCACCGAAUGCUUAGAACUUAGUUAAUAUUUUAUUUACAUUAUGAAAUUACUUCUAUGGCUUUUCAGAACUAUAAAUUAAUUCAAUAUUUGACUCCGAAGGAAGAAUGCACAUAGAAAAAUGCUACAUCUUGUUUUGUUGUCAUUUUGGUAGCAAUUGUCUUGUUUUUACAAUUUGCAUUAAAUGCAGAAAACUACUCUGAAAGAUGAUAACUAAAUAAAGCUUCUAGUAUUUGCUUACAUAUUAAUCUUAUCAUAUAUUCAUGAGAUAACAAGUAUGCAAUACAUUGAACUCAACCUUUGUCGCCUAUGUGACAUCUAUGUUUGGAUUUUUAGAAGACACACACGCCUAUCAAGCAUAUUAUAUUAUGGCUAGAAGGGCUUCAUAUGUGGUGAAUUUGGGGGUUUGAGGAAUUGUUAAUGAGAUUGGGGUUUGAGGCAACUGCGAAUUAUUCGGAACUCUAUUAAAUUAAACAGACAUAUAGAAGUAGAGUUGAAGUUGGGGCUUCGGUUGGUAGGUUUUUGCUGGCAGACAUGUAAUUCAGAUGUCAAAAAAUGUUAAAUCUUUGGUUGGUCUAAGAAAUUUAGGGUUUGUGAUGAAAUUAAUUCUAUGAGGUUUCAUAAAAUUGUAUGGAAAACAGGGAAUUAUUGAAAAAACCGAAGGUUGGCAACAGGGAACAGCACACUAAAUCACUAGGAUUGUAUAUUUGAUGCAGGUGAGAGAACUGGAGGCUGUGAAUUUAAGGGAGAUAAGGAGAUAGAGGAGUGAGAGAGGGAAAGUCAAAAACAAAUUUUCCUGAUUUUUUUAGAUUCUAUGUCAGAUGAAAGCACUAAAAUUGAGUGCUUGAUGCAUUGAAAGAAGGAAAAUGUAAAACUUCUGCGAUAUGGAAAAGAGAGUAAUUUAUUAGACAAGAGUUUUGGCUAUGAAUAAUCAAUGAGUUUUACCCAUACAGCCAAAUUGAUACUUGCUGCAUUUUACAAAGAAACAUUAUGUCUCAUGUGUAACAUGUGUUAAUAGUUUUUUUUUUUUUUUUUGAACUUUCGUGCUAUGUGCCGCAAUAAAUAUAUAUUUUAAUUCAUUUAUAAUUGCGUAGUUGUAUGCAGGUACAAUGUGUCAGUCAAACACCUUCCGUUUUUCCACGACAAACAUAACCCUCCACACUUCCUCUCAUAAAGUUAGUCGUGUCGUAUCACAAAACAGCACACAUAAGAGAGCACAAUAUAUGAUGCAUUAAAUAGAAAAUUAACGAUGUAUAAUUAAGGAUAUAGGUUGUGUUAUGUUUAAAAAAAAUCAGUUGACACAAUUUUAGUGAUCUUACUUUGACAUUCCAAAAUAUUAACAUUGCUCAAAAAGUAAAUUUUUGCUUAUAUAUGGUAUUUAUGUAUACAUUGACUUGUGCAAUUAUAUUGUGCUGCAAACACAUCAUAGUACCGUAUAAAAUAUUAGAUUUAUUAAAUUUUAAGCUAUAAAAUUAUGCAAUAUUGUGGCACAAGUGCAUGUACCAAAUUAUAGCUCACAAAAUUUCCAUGUUGACACGUGUCUUCCUGUGAGUACUGAUUACGGUUGAGCUGGUAUUGUUAGUAACCACGAUCGGACCCCUGUCCACAUCAACACUGAAAGCUCAUACUCCCAAUUUUUCCCCUUUCCCUCUUGCUCUCCCUCGCUAUAUGCUUAGAUAUAGAUAGAUAUCGUAGGGUUUAAAUGAGAUGUUAUGUAUAGCAGUCAAUGUGUAUGGUUUCCUUAGACGAUCUGCUUAAAAGGUAUGUGUUUUCUGGUUUUGAUACAUGUUUACGCCCUUGGUACAUUUCAUAUCCAAAAUUAUAAAACUUGAUUAAUGUUUUGCGUAUACAUUAGGAUAAAAAUCAAUUCAAUGUUCGAUUUGAAAGCAAGAAAGUAAUUUUCAAAAUGGUAAGGUAUUAUUUAAUUUUGAUUUUGGUAGCAGUGGUUUUGAUUUAAUUGUUUGCUCGGAAAACAGGAAAAAUUGUUUUUAAGGCUCUAGGGGUUUGCUGCACCUUCCGUAUUCAUGAUUCAAUUCGUAUUCAAUACAUUAAAGCUCUAGGGAUUUGAGAGCAACCGAGUGAAGCAAAAAAGUUGGCCUGCUAGAACAAAGGAAGAAACUAGGAAUUCUUCAGGCGAUAGAAAUCGAGAUAUUCAAUACACUAAAGAUCUAAGGAAUUUUGUAGAGAAAAUGGGUUCUGGGGAAACAAGGAAUUCUUCAGAACACAGUUCAAUGGACAUGUACAGCAGACUUAAGCCCUGCUUAGACGAUCUGCUUAAAAGGAAAAAUUGCUUUUAAGGCUCUAGGGUUUUGCUGAAUCUUCCGUAUUCAUGAUUCAAUUCGUGUUCAAUACAUUAAAGGUCUUGGGAUUUGAGAGCAAGCGAGAGAAGUAAAGAAAUUUGACCUGACAGAACAAAGGAAGAAACUACAAAUUCUUCAGGCGAGAGAAAUCGAGAUAUUCAAUACACUAAAGAUCUAAGGAAUUUUGUAGAGAAAAUGGGGUCUGAGGAAACAAGGAAUUCUUCAGAACACAGUUCAAUGGACAUGUACAGCAGACUUAAGCCUAGGGCUUCCAAUGGUAAUUCAGCUGCCAAAAAUGUCAAGUCAAUGAAUGAGCAGUGUAAGAAAUCUAGGGUCUGUGAUGGAAAGAAAAAGGAAGGUAUAGAUUAUAGAAGCAAAUCUAAUACAUUGGAUGAAGGCACUGAAGUCGAAAAGUUUGAUGCAUUAAAAGAUUCAGGAUAUGAGGUUGGCGAUAUGGUAUGGGGGAAGGCCAAAUCUCAUCCGUGGUGGCCAGGGCAAAUAUUUGAUGAAGCUUUAGCUUCUCCAUCAAUCUGUCGUAGGGAGAAAGAGGGUCAAGUUUUGGUUGCAUUUUAUGGUGAUGACACCUAUGGAUGGUUUGAACCAGGUAGACUCAUUCCUUUUGAUUUUCACUAUACAGAGAAAUCAAAGCAGACUAACACUCCGGAAUUUUUAACUGCUGUUGGGGAGGCUGUGGAUGAGGUGAAGCGGAGAGCUGCACUUGGCUUGACUUGUCAUUGCCGGAAGCCAAACAUAUUUCGCCCUAAAAGUGUUGAGGGGUUCUUUGAAGUGGAUGUGAGUGGCUUUCAACCUGGUGGUCUGUAUUCAAUGAAGCAGAUCGAAAGGGCUAGAGAUGCUUUCCAGCCAUCCAAGACGCUUUCUUUCGUGAAACAAUUGACAUUGAUGCCUCAGGAUGAUGUGCAAAGAAAUGUUGAAUGGACAAAUAAUGUAGCUUUAGUUCUUGCUUAUCGGAGGGCAGUGUUUGAGGAAUUCGAUGAGACCUAUGCUCAGGCAUUCGGGGUACAACCAGUACGCCCUGGAGUUUCAGCGGUGGGUUUACUUAACCCAGAAAAAGCACCACUGCAAGCUCCAUUGAGUGGUCAACCAAUGAUCAGUGAAAGCCUAGGCAAACGCAAGGCCUUUGAAGAUAGGGUAAAAGUCAAGGACCAACAAAAGAGAAAAAAAUCUCUUUCCAGACAGAGCAAUGAUCAGAAAACUUCAAAAGUGCCAAAGUUUGGCAAGGCUGGUAUUUGUAUCUCAGAAAAUAGAGUUCCACCAGUUUCUAUGAAGCCUAAUUUUUUGAGAAAUCAGGAUACAGAUGGGAAUGUUAGAAAAGGAAAAGAAGUUAUUACUACGGAUAAGCAUCCAAUACUUGCGCAACGUGAAGGUCCAACUGGUUUAUUUGUUGAGACGCCCCACAUUGAGAAAGUGAAGGACCAACCUUCUGCUCUAAAACCAUUGAAAAAGCCGUUCAGACCAGAUGAUCCAGCAAAGGCUGGCAGCAAAAGUCAAUCCUCUCGUAAACAGGAAGAGAAGUCCAUGAAGAGACCAAAAAAAUACAGGAAGCUAAGUUCAUUGGCUGCAGAAAAGAAGGAAGGCAGCCAGAAGAAUUUGAAAAUUCAAGGAGAUGCAAAAAUGGUGGGUUCAUCAGUGUCGACAAAGCCAGAAAUACUUGAGGGGCCUUCUGAACCAGCAAUGUUGAAGAUGAAGUUCCCACUUCAUUCAAAACUGCCAUCAGUGCCAGAACUAAAAGCGAAAUUCGUACGCUUUGGAAGUCUUUACGAGUCAGCCACGCGCGUGUAUCAGAAUUCAUCAACUGCCAAGGUUGUUUUUAAGAACAAGUCUAGUGCUGAGGCAGCGUAUAAUCACGCAGUCCUCAACAGAACUUUCCUUGGCAACAUCAAGGCAAAUUACUGCUUGCAAGUUUUAAAUGUUUCAGGUCCAGAGUUGCCUGAAUCAGGUGAGUCAAGCAAGUGCCUUAUGGAAGGAUCUCUUGAACCAAUGACUGCAGCAAUUCAGCAGUUGCCUCUGAACCCAAGUGUCCCCCUAAAGUCAAUUUUGAAGAAGUCGCCAGGUGAUGAAAUGGUGUCUAUCAACCGUGUUAAGAUUGCGACUCGACAUGUCAGAUUCAAGUUGGAGGGGAAUGCAAGUUCUAGGGAAGAGAAAAUGCUGCCUAGCAUUAACAAAAUCAGUGGCUCCAUUAUUGGCAAUUAUCUGAAUCCUAUAUCAUCUUCGCGUACAACCAUCAAGGACAAUGUUGCGAACUUUCGUCAGGUAAUGCCCCCAACUUUGCCGCCUCAGCUUUCUCUCCCUUCCCAAAUCCCAGCUAUGCAUGAGAAUCACAGUGUUGGUCACAUUGUCAAUGCCAUCAACAUGGAAUAUCCCCAAGGCGAGGCAACGAGCAGCAAGAGCUAUCAGAAUGCCAGUGCCCCGACUAACAGCAUUGACAUUUCUCAGGAGAUGUUAUACCUUUUGAAGAAGUGCAGUGAGAUUGUAGCCCAUUUGAAGAGUUCGUCCAGAUAAGUGGCUUGCCAUGAUUUUCGGAUGGAGUUAUUUACUAAUUCAUGACAAAAAUGAUAUGGCUGUGUUAUUUGUGAAAUUUUGAGGACAAUGGUAGUUGUUUUCAUUGGAAACGAGCGGAUCACAAGAAACCACACCAUUAUGUAUUGAAAAUUCUGUACAAAAAUUCUGAAAAUUUUAAAAGGAUUCAUGUGAAAAGUUUUCUCUUAUCUUUCUCCCUUUGAACUUUGGCCAUUGUAUUCUUAAAAAUACUGUGAAAAUAAUUAUGUAGAUAAAAUUUAUUUUGGGUGUGGCCUACAUUAUAUCAAAUUUGAAUUUAGUUGUUGGA